AUGGCCGGCACCGACGAGCGGCCCGCCCGGGAGCCCGCCAAGCGCGUGGCGGCGACGGGCGCGCCGGAGGCCAGGGCGCCGCCCUCCGGAGGCCAGGCGCCCUGUGGUGAGGCCACGAGGGCCAAGUUCUCCACCAGCCAGAUGCGCGUCAACGGGGAGGACGUGGUGUUCGCCCGCGAGGGCCUCACCACGGAGGACGGCGGCCCGGUAUGGUCGUUGUACUGCGUCUGCGACGGCCACGGUGGCUCUGCUGCCGCGAACUACGUGCGCGGCAACCUCUGGAGCGCCCUGGCGCCGAGACUGCCGGGGGCGGCACUUCCGGAGGUGGGCUCCACAGAUUUUGAGGCAUUUGCCUUGGCCGUGAGGGCUGCCGCCACGAACGCUUUCAUGAAGAUCGGCGACAGCUUCAUAACCGACGUCGCUGCAGACACUUCAGGCACGACCGUUACGAUGGCCCUGCUGUGCGGGACCCUGUUGACCGUGGUCAACGUCGGCGACGCUGACGCCGUCCUGGACACCGGCACCGAGGCCCUCCUGGCCACCGCCAACCACCGCAUCCAGUCCAGCUGCGCGGAGCGGGAGCGGCUUUCCGGCGCGGGCGUGCACCUGGCGCCCAUGUCGCCGUCCUUCUCUGGGCCCGCGGGGCCCGAGGAGGACAGUGUGGGGCCGCUGAGGUGCUGGCCCGGUGCCGUGACGGUGUCGAGGUCCGUGGGGGACAAAAAGGCCGGCGCCGAAAUCCUGGCGUGCCCGCAUGUCUUUCAGAUCGCCCUCCCCAGCAACGGCGCCCGCCUGCUGAUGGGCUCCAGCGGUCUCUGGGACCUCAUCCACUGGGAGGAGGCCGCCCAGGUCACCCGCCGCACGCCCAUCAAGCAGGCCGCCUCGCGCCUCAUCCAGCUGGCCCUCCUCCAGAACAACUGGACUAUCAGCCAGGACACCAGCGCCCUGGUGCUGGACGUGCUGCCCGGGCGGGGUGACUUUCCCAGCCUGGCGCGCGCCAAGGCCAGGAAGAUGCGCGAGCGCGACGGCGGGGCCUUCUGCAGCGGGAUCCGUUCGUGCCUGUGCGCUCGGCGCGACGGACAGCCACGGGUGGCAGGCCCAGAUCCCGGCCGAUGCGAUGAACCGCUGAUCAUCGCCAACGAGGACGGAAGGAAUGUUCUGAGCACGGCCAAGUCUGCGGCCGGCUGCCGGCACCGCUUGUCGGACAGCUUCUCCAGCCACGGCCACUGGGACGCCCCGAAGUGCGGGGGGGGGGGGGGCAGGGGCCCGUCGUUGGAAGGGCCCAGGGGCCCGCAGCGGCGGUCUGCCGGGUACUCCUACCCGGAGCGGGAGUCUCAUGAUGGGGGGGAAACGCGAGGCGCUAGGAGGAGGCGAUCAAGUGUGGCAUCUCGGUGCUCCCAUGGCAGGAGAGUCUCCAGCGAAGAUGGGAGAAUUUUCAUCGGUGGCAAUCUGCAGGUCAGGCAAGGGGGGGCGGAAGAGAUCGAGGGGGCCGGCGGGGGCGACCUGGCGCUGUUGGGUGGGCGGCAAAGGCGGGGCGAGAAGCAGUGGGGGGGGGGGAAGGGGAGGUCGGAAGAUGGCUGUCAGGCAGGGUCGAGGCGGGCCUCAGGGUCCAAAGGUGGGGCCCGGGCCAGGGGGCCCGGGCGCCGCAGGUCGGGGUCCGGGGAGAUGCCAGCGUGGGGCGCCCGGCGCGGGGGGGACGGGGGCGGCGGGACCGGGCUCAGGAAGGUGCCCUACACCAUGGCGCCGGUGCAGGAAGCCGAGAUGGACGGGCCGUCGCUUGGACGCGGCCGUUCGUCGCGUUCAGUCGCUGAGGGGUAG